AUGGCUGAACGACUUGAAGAGAGAAGCCGAGCUGUCAACGCAAGUGUGCAAUGAUUAGCCAGUUGUUGUCUUUCCCCAAACUUCAGCGUUUGGACGUCGCAGCAAGUAACCAGUACCCGUAAGUUUUAAAACAGCAUUAAGGUUAUACGAGACAUGAGUGGCACGGUUCAGCAGAUUACUCUGAAUCCAGGCAUCCCCUACUUCCUAAGAGUUGACUGGGCUGUGGACCUGGGUGCUGGAUUCACAUUAGCUCUUACUGACGGAAGCUCAGCGUGGAUCGGAGAAGUUUCAGAGGAUGAGAUGACAAGAGAAGCCAAUGACAUGGGAGUCAUAAGGGAGAAAUAUGUUGAAGAUCUUCUUCAAGCUCUAACAAAAGGUGAAGAAAGAGUGGGAGGAAAACGAAAUGGGAAAGAGGAGUAUUCUUUUUGCCUCUCUUUGGAUCACAAUCUUCUUUCAUAUCAGAAGAUCUGCAACAACAUUUUGAUACACUUGGGCUCUGUGGAGCUUCAGCCAGCACCAAACUCUGUGGAGCUCAUCCGGGAGAUGAUCGGGACGUCUCUGCAGCACAGAGCAGAUCUGGAGACAGAAAAUUCAAGGCUGUUAGAGGAGAACUGUACACUGAGACAGGAUCACCAGCGUAUACUGAAAGAGCUGGAGCAGCAGGUUAAGCAUAAGGAGAUGUUAGAAAAGGAAAUGUAUUCGCGUUUUGUCAUGGUGUUAAAUGAGAAGAAAGCGAAGAUCAGAGGACUGCAAGAGACCGUCCAACAGCUCAGCCACACUGAUGAGCAGCAGACAGAGGAUGAAAGAAGACAAAGUGACGGUGAGGCCUCUCAGAGUGAAGACGGUGGACAUCCCUCUCAGGAGUCAACUAUCCUCAUAAAAGAUUGUAGUUUAAUGUCACAAGGCGUCCCUAUCCAUCAAAGUUUUUCUGACGAUGAAGAGAGAGAGACAGAAGAGACGGUUGCUUCAUAAUCCUAACACGGACUCAUCUGAAGAUCAGUAACAUUAAUGACUGAAUGGGAACACAGGCCGUUCACCUUAUCUGCAGUAUCUUUGGGAACUGUUUGUGUUGCUGCAAACGAAAUGGUAAUGCCAGGUAAUCUAGAAAUAAAUAAUGUAUGCAGUUUUUCAUGAUUUGGAUUUACUUCCUGCCUGCUACUAAAAUAUUGCUGCCACUGAGGCUCUGUGCUGUUUAAGAAUGAAGAAUCAAGUUCAGAAAACUAACAAACAAAGGCUUCUUUGUUAGUGUUUUUUUGUCCUGCUUUUCUUUUCUUUAUUUAUUAAAAAAAGAAUAAAGGCUGUAAUGUUGCAUUUAAACACUGUAAACUAGCACUUUGUCAAAGGUAAUUUGAACUUAAUCUUUUUUCUUGUUUUUACAUGCCCUUUUAUUUUCUGGAAAUUUAUGACCAAAGCAUCUUGGUUGUCUCCAUGGAGUGAUUGGGGGGGAUGUUGUUUCUCAUUGCCUUAAUUUCCACACCUUGUGUUUUAACUCGGCUACCAGCUUUGGUAGCCGAGUUACUGUACUUGCAUCUGUACUUUGGGGCCAAUGCACCAGCCUUCACGUUCUUUAUCUCACCAUUCUGCCUUUGGCUUUUAGAUCCUCUUGCAGUCUUUUGUCAUUUUGAUGAUACCUUUUUGUCUGCUUAAAUCCACGGGUGGCCGCCUGGUUAAUCCUCCUGCAACACGUUCUUGCGGGUGCUGUAAUCCCCACAAGAAUGUUCCACUCUCUCCUCUGCACUCCGCAUGAAUUAGGUAUUUUACAAAGGAAAGUAGAGAGCUGUGUCAGAGGUUAAUUUACAGAUGAGUGCAGUACAAGAUGAUGAGACAAAGUGGGGACAACGUGGAGGCCACUCUGAAGAUUUUGGUGGUUUUAUUCUAAAUUUUACUUUAUAGUUUGAUUUCACAUAACUUUUGUUUGUGUCAGCUUGUGUGCCAUAGUGAAAUCGACUAGAAGAAACAUGCUUGAAUUGUUGGAGGAGCUGGUGUGGCAGGUUGUUGUACUAUCUGGACAUAUAGUUAUAGUAAAAAAAGUGGCACAGACCUUAUACAGUUCUAUUGUAAUCUACCUUCUAAUGUUUUAGAACAAAAAAACCCAUGAGGUCUUUGCCAAGUUCUGCAGUUGUUUGAUUAUUACCUCAGAGGUAGGAAAACACAAAGGUUUCUAAACUGUUUAGAAAAGAUCAAUAGGAUGUUGAGCAAAAACUAAGUACAACCUUAGAGCUUUCAUAUGAUUUGAAAGGUAAAGGAGCCACCAGGAGCCGCUUAUCAAAUGUAUUUGAUUUAUUAAUCAUCAGCAAGUGUGGCUGCCUCUGAAAACAGAAGUUUUUAUGGUCAGUAGCAUACAGCUGAGUUCAAAAGUUAGAAAAAAGGUUAUCUUUUGAACAAGAUUUUAGUUACAAUGUUCUAUAUUGCAAGUCAUGUAAAAUACUUUAGGAUUGUGGUAUUCAGUGGUUAUGUACAUAUAUCUUCUCAGCAAGUUUGGCAUUUAAAAACAGCUUUUAAAUCCCGAUGGCGUCUUCCCAAGGGCAAACUAUAUCCUUCAACUGAACACGUGCUCAUGCAGCUGGAGGGGUUAAUGAUGUUCAAGAAAAAGCUUCAACGGCUGAGGCAGCCUCACAUUAAGCAUCCAGUCACUUACUUAUCAUCGUCAUUCACUUAUCGAGUGCACCUGUAGAAUUCCCAUCAUCCAGAGAAAUGACAGGAGCCUUCCUGUUUUUCCUGCCACAGAGUUGCAAUGAGACAGACCCGUCUUUGUCUCAUGCUGGGCUGCUCAGGACUCACCGCUCUCCACCUUGAAGUGUAAUGUCUGAAACAACUUGGCCUCAUAAAAAUAGUUCUUGAAAACUGAAAAUGACAGCUCACUCACGAAGGUCUAUCAACAGGACCACAAAAUAUAAGAAAUGCAAGCCGUUCCUUUAUAGAGUUCAUAAUAGGCCCAAUUCUCACAGUUAUUGGUUUAUAUUUUAGUUAAAAAUUUCCCCUUUUAAAAUGUCAAAUUUUUGUUGGACUGGAUGUGUCUGCCUCUGUUACCUCCUGCUGGUUUUCUAUACAGUGGUCUAUCCUUAGCAUCUUAUUGUCUGAAUCAGAUUCUGUGUAUUAACAUAUUUCUUAGCUUAUAAGUCAGACACUGGUGCAUAUAAAAUAGGAGCAUUUUGUGUGCACCAAAAUGCUCCUAUUGCUGCAGCUGCUGUCUUUUGCUUCAUGCUAUGCCAUACUCAUAUGAUGUAGCAUAUGAGUAUGACAUAUGACCUACUCAAUCCUAUACUACCUUGAGUUGAUGGUGGCUACAGGGGACAGCAUCUCCUAUUUUGUUCUAGAUGCUGUCAGUUGAUUGUGAGAUGUAAUAAACGCGUGUAAAUCAAAAAUGACUGAAUGAAUCUGAAAGUGGCCUUAUUUACACCUGUCAAAUGUAAACUUUCUAAGGUAAUGUGAAUAACACUGUAUUGUCUUAUAUCCCCAAACUCUUAAGUGUGCUUUGCUUCACAAUCUUGUUGUUAUCCCUUUUGUAUAACAAAAGGGAUUUUUCUACCAUUAUUUUUUUUAACAAUACUUGAAUAAUGACUCUUGUAACAUUUUUCUUCUGUAAUAAAAAGCUUAUGAGC